GAUAAAACGAUUAAAAUAAAGCAGUAUGUCACCAAUUAAACGAUAAUUGUAUAUCCAUGUUGAUAUUGGAGGUCAACUCACUUCAUUGCCAUUUGUCGAGGCGUAACAUAUAAUGUAAAGUAGGUUAAAAAUAAAAAUGUAUCUAAAUUUAUACCGCUUAUACGUACGGCAAUCUGCGCUCGUUAAACAUUUAAAACAAAACGCAUUGAGAAAUUACCAUAGCGAUGGUGCGUUUGGCUACCGGCAAAGUACCGAGACAAAGUAUUGUUUACCAGAAGAUGUCGUGCAGCAAAGAUUUCAGGAGAGUAAUUUUUACAGAUUUGUAACUGCCUAUAGACAAUUUGGCCAUUUAAUUGCAGAUACCAAUCCUGUGUCGUUUACUCCACCUUUAAGUGAAAUACAAGAGCUGACUCCUCAAAGAUAUGGACUCAGUGCGUCUGACAAGAUUUCAUUUAGGGGGAUCAUUCAUAAUGGACAAAAGGAAGGGACCGUUGCAGAGGCUAUGGAAUUCUUAAAGCUUGUGUAUGGAAGUCACAUUAGUACGGAAUUUUUACAUUUGCAAACUGAAGAGGAAAUCGAAUGGUUUUCUACCAGGAUCGAAGAACUUAAUCAUGAGGUUUUGAAUAAUAAUGAAAGACUGGAAUUAGCGUGCCAUCUCAUCAAAUCUCAAACGUUCGAUAAAUUUUUGGCAAAUAAAUUUCCCGGACUAAAAAGGUAUGGAGGUGAAGGUGCCGAAAGUAUGAUGGCAUUUUUCAACGAGGUCUUUCAAAUUUCCGCACAAGAUUCCUUGGAACAAGUUGUGAUAGGAAUGCCCCAUCGAGGUCGUUUAAAUCUGUUGACUGGGAUGCUCGAUUUUAAACCCGUAAAGAUGUUUGCCAAAUUGAAAGGUUUGCCUGAUUUUCCGGCUAAGUUUAAGGCUACUGGAGAUGUGCUUAGCCACUGCAUAUCAUCCACCAACUUGAACAUUAAGAAUACAGCGUUGCAUGUUACUAUGUUAUACAAUCCUUCACAUUUGGAGGUUGUCAAUCCAGUAUCGAUGGGUAAAACUAGAGCGAAACAAAUGAGCGUUCAAGAUGGCCAUUACUCACCUUCCAGAAGAUGGAGUGACAAAAUCCUGAACAUACAAGUUCAUGGAGAUGCCGCUUUUGCAGGGCAGGGUAUAAAUCAAGAGUGUCUUCAAUUAAGUAAUGUCCCGCAUUUCGAAGUAGGUGGCUCCAUUCACCUUAUAGUUAAUAAUCAAGUAGGGUUUACUACUCCUUCAGAUACAGGACGUUCCACGAGGUAUUGCACUGACUUAGCCAAGAUGUUAUCAGCACCAAUUUUACAUGUGAAUGGAGACUAUCCUGAGGCUGUCCUUAAAGCGACAAGAAUUGCAAUGGAAUAUCAAAGAAAGUUUAGAAAAGAUGUUUUUGUGGAUAUGAAUUGUUAUCGACAAUGGGGACAUAACGAAAUGGACGAUCCCACAUUUACCAACCCUCAGCUAUAUAAAAUUAUUCGCUCUAGGAGAACUGUUCCUGAUCAAUAUUCGGAGUAUUUAAUAAACGAAGGAGUUUUGACAAAGGACAUGGUCGACGAGAUAACCAAUCAGCAUUACUCGUGGUUGUCAAAUGAACUCUCAAGCGCGGAAACUUACGAAGCCGAUGAUCCCUGCUUCAAAGAUCAAUGGAAUGACUACAAUCAAGCACAAGAUAUCAUAACGACAUGGGAUACAGGUGUUCACAGUGAUUUGUUAAGCAUGAUCGGACAAAAGUCGGUGGAGUAUCCUGCUGAUUUUAAAAUACAUCCACAUCUUCAAAAAACCUACAUCAAAUCAAGACUCUCGAAGAUAACGCAACGAUCGAAUAUUGAUUGGGCCACUGCAGAAGCGCUAGCUUUUGGUUCUUUAUUGUACGAAGGAUACAAUGUCAGAAUAAGUGGCCAAGAUGUAGGAAGAGGAACAUUUUCUCAUCGCCACAUUAUGCUCGUCGACCAAGAGACGAACAACAUUCACAUCCCAUUAAACAAAAUACAUUCGCAACAAACUGGAUUUUUGGAGGUGGCCAACAGUAUUUUAUCUGAAGAGGCCGUUUUAGGUUUUGAAUACGGUAUGAGUGUGGAAAAUCCAAAAAAUUUAAUUAUCUGGGAGGCGCAGUUUGGCGACUUCUUCAAUGGGGCACAGAUAAUUUUCGAUACUCUAAUCGCAAGCGGAGAAGCAAAAUGGUUAUGGAGCACAGGAAUUGUUAUACUUUUACCUCAUGGAUAUGAUGGAGCCGGUCCAGAGCACAGUUCAUCCAGGAUAGAGAGGUUUCUACAGUUAUCGGAUUCGAAAGAAAAUGAAAUUGAUGGCGAUAAUGUCAACAUAGAAAUUUGUCAACCUAGCACACCGGCACAGUAUUUUCAUUUGUUACGCAGACAGAUGGUCCGCAACUAUCGAAAACCCCUUAUUAUAAUUGCGCCAAAAACUCUGUUAAGACUUCCAGCUGCCACCUCCAGUAUCGAUGAUAUGACUUAUGGCACAACUUUCCGACCAGUAAUAGGAGAAACAAUAUCAGAGCAUUUGGCGGUGGACAAAAUUAUUUUCUGUUCCGGUAAACAUUACUAUUCUCUAAAGGAGCAACAAAACAAAAUGGGAAAAAAGAAUGUGGUUUUAAUACGAAUUGAAAGCUUUUGCCCGUUUCCCACUUAUCAACUGCAAGAAGAGAUCAAGAAAUUUCCAAAUGCAACAGAUUACAUAUGGAGUCAAGAAGAACCCAGAAACAUGGGCGCAUGGAGUUUUUUGAAACCAAGGUUCGACUACUUAAUCGGCAAAAAGUUGAAGUAUUGUGGUCGUGACACUUUACCUACACCCGCAGUUGGUGUUGGAAAGUGGCACCAAGAGCAAGUACAACAUGUUAUUACCCGACCAUUUGAAAUGUAACAAAUAAAUCUCUAGCAUAAA